AUGGACAAUUUUUUCAUCAACGCCCUCGUGCAGGCUGGGUCUUGUCGGAAGCACCGGCUGUGGAAGCCGAUUCCCGUCAAUGUCGCGUCGCUGCACAAUCACUGCCGCUCGCGACGGAAGAGGGCAGACGAAGGCAUUGGUGGUGGGAGAGUAGGUGAGGACGGCAAUGCAGCGUCCCGCCGGUUUGGCCAUGCCGCCGGACCGCGUAAUCGGCAGACGUCCGAGAACAAUGGACACAAGAAGAAGCAGGAGCAGCGGGAGCAGCGGGAGCAGCAGGACCAGCAGGAGCAGCCUGUGGUUGCUGCGGGCAACCACCAGCCUACGCUGGCCCAAUUGAAGCGCCUAGUUGACUUUUAUGGGCCCCCAGCGCGCCUGGAGACAUGGAAAGAGCAAGAAGAGAGGGAGGCCAGAGAAGAGGAGGAAGAAGGUGGUGGGCUAACGCUAUCGGACCAGCAAGGCGUCGACGAGGACGGCGACGUCAAACAAGCGCGCCUCCCCUUCCACCAAAGGCAUCAGCCGUGGCCGAACAAGGACGAGGUGGAGAACGAAUCAAUCGGUGAGCUGGAAGAGCUGCUGGAGCACGACGGGCUGUCGCCGGAGCUCGCGUACGAGAUCUACUCGAGCCUGUCGUGGCCCCGCGCCGCCUACCUGUCGUACAACACCAUCCGCAACCUGCUGCACUGCCUGGGCGUCGUGAGGCACUACGGAGAGAAAUCGAUGAUGAGAUAUCUGGCCGUCAUCGACGACAUGAAGGCGGCGGACAUCCCGAUUGCGCUGGCGGAUUGGAACAUGGCGAUCCAGUUCGCGGGAAAGUGCUUGCGCAAGGUCACGAACAACGAGGUCGAGUCGGCGCUGUGGCUGUGGCGAGAAAUGGAGCAACAGGUCGGGACGAGGGGCAACCACGUCACUUUCAAUAUCCUCUUCGACAUUGCCGUCAAGGCUGGCAAGUACAAGCUCGCGGAGAUGAUCAGGAACGAGAUGAAAGCCAGAAACCUAAAACUGGAUCGAUUUUUCCGGACGAGCACAAUCAUGUGGCGUGGGCUGUCGCGGGACGGAGAGGGCGUCAGGAAGGCGUACAAAGAGCUGGUGGAGGCCGGGGAGAUUGUAGACUCGGCCGUGAUGAACUGCGUCAUCACGGCUUUGUUCAACGCGGGUGAGCCUUCGGCGGCAGAACAGGUGUUUUUGCGGAUGAAGGAUAUGGCAGGCGUGUUUGAGACGACGAAGAAACCGCCGCAGGACUGGCGGCAACGCCGCGAGCUAGGUCUUCUGUUGAAGAAGGCGGCCGAGCGGACACGAGGCGAUUCCGAGGGGCAGAGAAUCAUCCAGGAGCAUUCGCCUGUGGGUCCAGACCACGGUACAUUCAAGAUCCUCAUCAAGCACCAUAUAAACGAAACCGGCAACAUCGACCGCAUCACGCAGCUGCUGGACGAAAUGGACCGUGUCUACAACAUCCCGAUCGAAGGCGAUAUUUUUUUCGCGUUGUUCUGGGGCUUUCACAAUCACGGCGGUGUACGCUACUCGCCGUGGUCUAAGGCGAGAUUGGAGGGCACGUGGCGGGCUUUUCUCAUGUCUCUCGACAAUGAGAGUUCGAAAGUCACGUUGGAUCGCAGCAUCACCAAGGCCGUCAUCAUGGCAUUUUCCAAAUGUACGAAUGAGGAACAGACGUUACGGGUAUGGGGGGAGAUCAGGCAGAGAUGGAAUCCAUCCGGAGCGGAUCUGCAAAGUACUAUUCAUCUUCUGGGUAAUGUUUCGUACUCGGCGACGUAUGUACCACCAGCAUGA